GAGCGCAUUUGUCGCUUACCGAUGCUAACUCGAUUAAAUAAUAAACGUGAACAGCAAAUGCCGAAAACUCUGGUUUUACGGCACGAAAACUAUUGAGCAAUCAACAACAGAAUCGUCAUCACCAGGGUGCCAUAUCCAUCUGGACGUCGGCUACCACAGAUCGCCACUGUGAAUCAGGAUAAGCUUGAAAAUAUCGUAACUCUACAAUGGCGGAGCUAGUGUUUACGGCCGUUGACUAUGUUGUGUUCGCCGCAUCGCUUGUUAUUUCUGCCGGCAUCGGCGUAUAUUCUGCAUGCUCGGGUGGAAAACAGAGCACGACGAAGGAAUUCCUGAUGGGAAACAGGCAGAUGGGUCUGUUCCCGGUGACGAUGUCGUUGAUAGCAAGUUUCGUGUCCGCCAUUUCCGUGCUCGGCGUUCCGUCUGAAACCUACCGAUUUGGAACAAUAUAUUGGACGAUGAUGUUUGCUACGAUACCUGCCAUGGCUCUCACUGCUCACAUAUAUCUACCUGUGUUCUACCGUCUACAGGUGACAAGUGCCUACGAGUACAUAGAGCUUCGCUUUAACCGCGUUGUUCGCCUGAUGGGAACAUGUGUGUUCCUCGUGAGCACGUUCCUGUACAUGGCCGUUGUACUUUACGCUCCUGCACUCGCGCUAUCUCAAGCGACAGGCCUGUCAAUUGUGGCAUCUAUACUGAGCUCUGGAUUAAUAUGCACGUUCUAUACCAGCAUUGGAGGAAUGAAGGCGGUUAUGUGGACCGAUACGUUCCAAAUGAUUGUGAUCAUCGCUGGAAGUUUAUUCGUGGUUAUUAAGGGCACUAUCGAGCUAGGCGGCCUUAGUGCAGUGUGGAGCAUAGCCAACGAAGGAGAAAGAAUACAAUUCUUUGAUUGGAGAACGGACCCCACUGUUCGACAGACGACCUGGGGUUUGGGGAUUGGUGGCACAGCUUUGUUUCUCAACUUGUACGCAACAAAUCAAGCAACCGUGCAAAGAUACCUGAGUGUCUCCACUCUGAAAAAGUCCCAGCUAUGUUGUUACAUGAUGGCUCCCACUUGGAUUGCUAUCCAGUGGGUUUUCACAUUUGCUGGAAUUAUUAUGUACGUCAAAUAUAGAGACUGCGAUCCACAGCAGAAUGGACAAAUUACAAAACCCGAUCAGCUAUUUCCCUUAUUUGUCAUGGAGACGUUGAGUUUUCUGAAUGGUGUAUCCGGCUUAUUUGUAGCGGCUGUGUACAGUGCUGCACUUAGUACUGUUUCCUCUGGUGUAAACUCACUGUCAGCUGUUGUACUUGUGGAUAUCAUAAAACCUAUAUACAGAGAUCGGCGAAAUGAGGAAAUUGGAGAGAAAAUGGCUACUACCAUAUCCAAAUGUUUAGCGGCACUUUUUGGACUGAUGACAAUUGGACUUGCAUUUCUUACGUCGGUGUUGGGUGACGAUAUCUUGUCGGUUGCUAUACGUCUGUUUGGCAUGGUAGCGGGUCCCGUGACUGGCAUGUUCACUCUCGGAAUCUUGUUUCCGUGUGCAAACUCCUGGGGAGCUGGAACUGGUCUUCUUACUUCGCUUGUCGUUGGACUAUGGUUAGGCGUUGGGGCAACUCUUUCUAAGAUACCGCAGCCAGCACUCUCUGUUAGUAUAGAAGGGUGCAACGCAACGACAUCACUGAAUGCUUGGUACAUAGGAAACUCAACUGUUGCAGGAGAAUGGUUAUCUCAACAAACUACCGACAUACCUUUAUCUACUCACGUAGAUAUCAAUGUUGGACACACCGGAGACGAUGUGAUUUGGUUUUACAAGAUCUCCCACCUUUGGUACAGUGCCAUUACUGUGAUUGUGUGCUGCGUGGUUGGUCUUCUGGUUAGCCUGGCAACAGGUGGACCAAAAAAGGAUCUUGAGCCGGAACUAGUUUAUCCGUUGUUUACUAAAGUUAAGUGCUGCGUACCCAAAACCUUCCAAGAUAGAAAGAAUUCAAAGCAAGACCAGCCUUACCACGACAGUUUGAUUUUUGGACAGUCGGAAAAUAGAGAGAAAUAUACGACAGCAAUACACCCCGAAAAAACGUCGUUGACAUUUGUUUGACGAUCGAACUCGGGCCAAUAUAAAUGUAUCUACGUGUGUGCGUGCGUGCGUGUGUGCGUGCGUGCCACCCUUUGCUGCUUCGUUUGUUCGUUUGCGUGUGUG